AUGGAAGGAUUGAGUGUGACUCUCAAAUCGGCUUGUGACAAAGGGAUCUUCAAUGGUGUUCAAAUCCUGGGUAAUGGUCCUAUCCUGUCUCCCCUCUUCUAUGCGGAUGACGCUCUAUUUAUUGGGGAAUGGUCAAGAUCAAACCUAAAGAACCUGGCACGCAUUCUUAGAUGUUUUCACAUCUCUUCGGGACUCAAAGUUAAUUUUCAUAAAUCGAAAGUAUUCGGAAUUGGAGUUGACCCGACUGAAACAUCGAACUGGGCUAAUCUUCUCGGGUGCGUUUCAGGGGACCUUCCAUUUGACUAUCUCGGAGUUCCGGUUGGUGCCAAUAUGAAUUUAAUAAAAUAUUGGAAGCCUAUAAUUAAGAAAUUUCAGUCUAAGCUCUCCUUAUGGAAGGCUAAAUCAUUAUCGUUUGGUGGUAGGCUCACCUUAAUCAAAUCGGUUCUUAGUAAUCUGCCUACCUACUAUUUAUCCUUAUUCCGAGCUCCUGUGGGUGUAAUAGAAGAAUUGGAAAAGAUAAGACGCACCUUCCUGUGGGGAGGUUGUGAAGAUAGAAAGAAAAUUCAUUGGGUUUCCGGACAAAGUCCUUGUAGCCAAAGAAGAUGGGGGACUUGGAGUUGGAUCCAUACAAGCUUUAAACAUUGGUCUGCUCGUGAAAUGGUGGUGGAGGCUAAACAAUGA